AUGGGGGCUGAACAAGCUUGCCUCAUCUUCAAGUUGAUGGUUCACAGCUCUUCCCAACUCUACAAAGACAUGUUGGUUGUAGAAGUUACAUGUUCAGACCACUUGGCCUUCUCUGAUGUCUCCUUCUCAUCUGUCACUGUCCCAAAUAUGCUCACGAACAUGCACACUCAGCAACUGUCCAUCUCCUAUAGAGGAUGUAUUUCCCAGAUGUAUUUCUUUUUGUUCUUUGCUUGUCUUGACACUUUCCUUCUUGCAGUGAUGGCCUUUGACAGAUACGUGGCCAUUUGUCAGCCCCUCCACUACACCACCAUCAUGAGGCAGGAGCUGUGUGUCUCCUUAGUAGCGGGAUCCUGGUUUGUUUCCCUCAUCCACUCUCUGUUGCACACUCUGCUCUUGAUCCAAGUCUCCUUCUGUGGUGACAGUAACAUCCCCAACUUCUUCUGUGACCUCUCUGCACUCCUGAAGAUGAGCUGCUCAGAUGUGUCCCUCAAUGAGUUGGUCAUCUUCACUGAGGCAGGAUUGCUCUUUACCCUGUCUUUGGGUGGCAUCCUCGGCUCCUAUGUCCGUAUAGGGAGGACUGUCCUGAGAGUCCCCUCCACUAAAAGUCUCUUUAAAGCCUUGUCUACCUGUGGCUCCCACCUUCUUGUUGUGUCUUUAUACUAUGGGACAGCUGCAGGAGUUUACUUCUCUUUUUCAUCCACCUCCAGAGACAAAGACAUGAUCACCUCUGUGAUGUACAUGGUCGUCACCCCCAUGCUGAACCCCUUCAUCUACAGCCUGAGGAAUAGAGAUAUAGAACAGGCCUUAGUGACAUUUGUCAAUAAGGUGAACUUCUUCAAGUGA